AAUAUCGAUACAUUGUUUGUAUCUCAAAACUGGAAAAUGUUAUAAACAAUUGUAACAAAUUUUCGAGGCGCAGGAGCAUUUCAUUGUGUAUACAUAGUAAAAAUUUGGGAUUGUUACCUUGCCUUUUAUGCUAUUAUGUCGCAUAUAGAAUCGAGCGAAACGGACUAUUGGAGAAAUGACGGAAAAACCUCUUUUGUCAAAGAAUGGAAAAGCUGGUGCCGCCUCUGCGCGAAAGCUGACGCUCAGUACAUUAAUGUCCUAUCGCGACAAUAUCCAGAGUUUUUACAUGAAAGCACAAAUUACAACCCAUUUGACAUGGUUUCCGUUAUAGGGGAUUUCUUUCGUGUUCAUAUCAAAGAAGAUGAAAAGCUUUCGCCUAUGGUUUGUACGGAUUGUUGCCAUGUAAUUGCAUCAUUCGUCAAAUUCAGUGAGAAUGUGGGAAAAGUUCAACAAUUGUAUGAUGAUCUUCUCCAUAGUGACGACAAAACGAAAGUAGAUAUACUGGCUGUAUAUGAAAAGUAUGGUUUAACUAAAGAACUUUCGGCGGUACAACAGGCCACCACGCCCACCGUAGAAGAAGUUUUCAUUGCUGACUCGCCUAACACGAGCAAUACACAUGCCUCAAAGUAUAAAGUAAAAAAGGAAAAAGCGUCUGAUGAACUAUCAACUGAGGUAUUUAUUAAAGAGUUUGAAAAGAAAGACGAAUUAGAUCCUUUUGGGGAAGAAAGUGCGCCUACCGGACUAAAGGACUGCCCUUCCACACCGGACGAUGAGAGUAGUAGUGGAAGUGAAGAUUAUAAUAUGCCAAUGGAUACCUCAGAAGAUGAAGAGGACUCAAAAAAUAAUGCAGUUAAUAAUGAAAUCUUGCAAUCAGAUAACCCUUCAGAAAUCUCGAAAAAGCGUAAAUACAUUUGCAAAUUUUGCUCCCAACGUUUUCAACGUAGUGGCAACUACUCUGUUCAUAUGAAGAAAAAACAUGGAAUAAUCGUUUGUCCGAAAUGCACUAAUUCAUUCGAGAAUGAAUUAAGUUUAAAGCGUCAUAUGAAAGAUCAUCAGGAAUUGUUCCCCUGCCCACACUGUGAUCGAAAAUUUCAAAUAAAAGAAUACGUAGCUCAACACAUAAAGUUUGUGCACCAGGAUGAACGUCCAUUUAUUUGCGAAACUUGCGGUGAUGGUUUGCGCACUAAAGGACAACUCAAAGAGCAUAUGUUGACACACACAGAUUAUUCGCCCUUCGAAUGUAAGGAAUGUGGAAAAUGCUUCAAGCAAAAGCAACGUUUGAAGAGACACAUGCAAAUACAUGGAGACAAGCAUAUAUGCACAGAAUGUGGCAAGCAAUUAAGUACGCGUGCUACUCUUAAUAGUCAUUUGCUGGUGCAUUCCGAUAAGAUGCCACAUAAAUGUGAUUAUUGUGGUCGGCUCUUUAAGCGUGCCAAAACUCUUAAAAAUCAUUUAAUUGCACAUACCGGCCUUAGACCUUAUUCAUGCGACUUUUGUGAAAAAACUUUCUCGACUGGCCCUAGUUGUCGUUUUCAUAAAAAGACUAUGCAUCCAGUGGAACUAGCUGCGCUAGAAGCGUCAGGUGUUAAAGCGUAUACAAGAAAUAUACCCAAUUUGGAUGUUUUAAAGGCAGUAUCCCGGACGGCAGAUAACCUCACGCCGCUGGCGUCGAAACAAAAUGGUUAUGCAGUAUUCGAUAAGAAAAGAGAUAUUCCAGAUCAAGAUUUGAAUUCAAAACCGGUCGAAGAUGCCAAUAAACAGGCUUUACUCUCUCGCUCGCUCAACGGGUGGGAAGGGCCGGCGCUUUACACCAGGAGCGGAGAUGACAUACCACCAACCCAUAAUGCCACCAUCUUCCUCCCAUGGAGCAUAGACAGGGGCCAGGACUAUGCACUGGGUCUCCUGAGAGCUCAGAACGAGAGCCUCAACACAUCACUCUGGAGAGUCAUGGAGGCAAAAGUUGAAGACGGCUACCUACGGCUGAAUGUGGCUGUCGAUGAAGACUCAUUCUGCAGUAUGAGACGGCAGAGCUUUAGGCUCAAUUACAGGUACGGCAACGUCCUCGUCAAGCCAUGGAAGCAGAGAAUUCCUGGGGACGCUGCCCACACGACGCCAACAGGUGAGGCAUUAACACACAUGGCAAUGGCCGUCGAUGAGCAGUACGUAGAAGGGCCUUCGACCUCCGCGCCAGUCUCAGCGAUAGCAAAUGACAGAGACAAAAUUGUCGACGAGCACCGCGUGGAAGGGCCUUUGACCUCCGCGGCUGCCAUCGCGACGACAGAGACAACAGGAUGGGCAGCUCAACAAGAUGUGCCAUCGACCAGGGAGCUGGAGGAGCUGGGAGAAGGCUUGAACCUUCAAAGCCCUGGCAGAGAACCGGAGGAACUAACGCUCUCAGAGUACUUGCGUAUGUCGGAUAUACUUAUGAAUAUGACAGAAUCUUGUACAUUUGGUAGAGAUAAUUUUAUUGCUGAGGAAUGGAAAAAUUGGUGCCGUCUCUGUGCAAGGGCUAAUUCUCAAUACAUAAACAUCAUAUCCGCACAGAGUCAGCUAAAUGCGAUAAAUAAUAGCGGCUACGACUGCAGUACUAUUGCUCCUUUUAUAGAGGACUUCUUUCGGGUUCAUAUUAAAGAGGAUGAAAAACUCUCGCAGUUGGUUUGUACAGAAUGUUAUCAAGUAAUGAAUUCUAUAAUCAGAUUUAAAGAGCGGGUAAACAGGGUUCAGCAAAUGUACGACGAUUUACAAUGUAACAAAUACCUAGGCAAACUAAAUUCAAGUGCUUUGCAUGAGAAAUACGAGUUAAUUGAAAAUGAACCAUUUUUAAUCCCUUGUGCCACUAAACUUCCAGUUGAAGAAAUUUUCGUUGCCGAUUUGCCAGUUACAAAUGCUUCUCAAUCAUCAGAAAUCGAAAUAAAAAGUGAGAGAAAUACUGACGAAAUGCAGACGGAUGUUCUUGCAGCUGAGUUAGAGAAAAUAGAUGAAUUCAAAGAUCCAUUUGGCGAUGCAGAAAGUAAUAGCGAUGACCCAGAUUAUUCGCCGGUGGGAAGUAGUGACGAUGAAGAUAGUGAUGAAGAUUUUGAAGUAAAAAAGGAGGAUUCAAAAAACGUUACAAAAGAGUCGGAAAAAAUCUCGGAUGCGUCUACACAUGGCUUGGAGUAUAACUACUCUUGUAAAAUGUGCUCUGAAAGUUUUAAGUAUAUUAGGGAUUACGGUGGUCAUAUGAAAAAGGCACAUGGUGAAGUAAUUUGUCCCCAUUGCCCCGAUUCAUUCAAAAACACUUAUAAAUUGAAGUCGCAUAUGAAAGUUCACCCAAAGUCAUUUUCCUGUUCACAUUGCGAUAAAAGUUUCGCAACAAGACAACGUUUAGAAAGACAUAUAAAAUGUAAGCACGUGGCUCGGCCAUCGCUUAUUUGUGAAGUAUGUGGUGUGACUUUGCUCACAAAAAAACAACUAUCAGACCACAUGUUACAGCACACUGAUUAUGCGCCAUUUGAAUGUAAGGUUUGCGGUGGAUGUUUCAAAUUGAGAAGUCGUUUAAAGAGGCAUAUGCAAAUACAUGGAGACAAGCUUAUUUGUCCAGAAUGUGGCAAACAGUUGAGCUCGCGAGCUACUCUCAAGAGUCAUUUAUUGGUACAUUCCGAUAAGAUGUCUCAUAAAUGUGACUUUUGCGGCCGUCUCUUUAAGCGGCCAAAUACAUUGAAAAACCACAUAAUUGCCCAUACUGACCUCAGACCUUACAAAUGCGACUUUUGUGAUAAAUGUUUCUCUACUGGGCCAAGUUGUCGUUUUCAUAAAAAAACUAUGCAUCCGAUGGAAUUAGCUGCGCUGGAAGCAACAGGGGCUAAAGCUUAUACCAAAAAUAUCCCUAAACUACACGUACUAAAAGAAGUGUCGAAAAUGGGCAAAAACUUGAAACCACUGGCAUCGAAACAAAAUGGUUUUGCACAUUUCGAUAAGGAAAUACAACAAAAACCUGAGGCUACAGAUACACAGCCGACAGUCGAUACAACAAGUUUAUAAUAAGUAUAAUUCUAGAAUAUAACUGCAAUUAAAAACAAUUUUAUAUUUUCCAGUUAAGCCGAAGGAAAUUCUUAAUACACUUAUAAAAUACAUCCUUUCGUUUUGAAAUAAAAUCUAAGUCUAUGCUAUGUAAAUGUUUAGUUAUAUCUA